AUGGCUACCUCUUUCACGUGUUCGUCAUCUCAAGGUCUGCAAGUUAAUGCUUGUAUCAUUCUCUUUGUUUGUAGUUCUUUAUUCUUCUUGGUCUUUUCUGAAUCUGUAUAUUUCGAGAUCCUUAAAAGUUCAGCCGAUCCAACAAAUAUGGUCUAUUCAGGUGAUGCGGCACCUUCUUCUGGAGACAUAGAGUUCAACCGAGUUCAUGAUGGCAUUGGUGUUGGCCAUGCCAGAUACGCCCACGCAGUCCAGAUAUGGGACAGCAAAUCUGGGAAGCUCUCAGAUUUCACCACUCACUUCACUUUCAUCAUCGUUGAUACACAAGGCAAUACCUUACAUGGUGAUGGCUUCGCUUUCUUUCUUGCCCCAGUUGGCUUCGAAAUCCCACUCAACUCCUCUGGUCCCUUUUUAGGAUUGUUCAACACGACUACCAGUGACUCGCCCGAAAGCCAAAUGAUUGUCGUCGAGUUUGAUACUUUCGUGAACCACUGGGAUCCUCCAUUUGCACAUGUGGGUAUCAACAGGAACUCGAUUCGUUCUGUUGAAUACACUUUCUGGGAUGCUACUUUGAACAGUGGAAUGUCUGCGGAUGCUUGGAUUUCUUACAAUGGUACUACCCAGAUGCUGAGCUUGUCUUGGCGCUAUUCGGCAGAAAAUACUUCAAGAGGAAUGACAACCCAUCUUUCGUAUCAAGUUGACUUGAGAGAAGCUCUUCCUGAGAAGGUAACAAUUGGAUUUUCUGGUGCCAGCAGUUCAUUUGGCGAGAGACACAUCCUUAGGUACUGGGAGUUCAAUUCCACCUUAAAUAUAGUUGGAGAAAGUGAAGAUAUUUCUUACAAGACGAAACUAGCACUGGGCUUAGCAGUCCCUCUUUCCAUUCUAGUUGUAGGAGGCCUAGUAGCAUGUACUGCAUAUUGGAGAAGACAAAGAAAGUCUACACAGAAAUCACUAGACACAGCUGCCUUGACAUCAAUAAGCGAUAGUGAUCUUGAAAGAGGCGCAGGACCUAAAAGAUUUUCUUACAGCGAUCUCACUUUGGCUACCAACAACUUCUCACAUGAUCGGAAGUUGGGGGAGGGAGGAUUUGGGUGUGUCUACAAGGGCUACUUAUCCCGUGAAGGCAUGGUAGUAGCUGUGAAGAAAAUCUCACAGAGUUCUAAACAGGGAAAGAAAGAGUACUUAGCUGAAGUGAAGAUCAUUAGCAUUUUAAGGCAUCGAAACUUGGUGCAACUCAUCGGCUGGUGCCAUGAUCAAACACAAUUCCUGCUUGUCUAUGAGUUUUUGCCUAACGGCAGCCUUGACUCUCACCUCUUCCGCAAACAGACUACCCUUGAAUGGGCUGUGAGGUACAAGAUCUCCCUUGGUUUAGCAUCGGCAUUGCUCUAUCUCCAUGAAGAGUGUGAACAAUGUGUGGUGCAUCGAGAUAUCAAAACGAGCAACAUCUUGCUUGACUCAGGAUUCAACGUGAAGCUGGGAGACUUCGGAUUGGCUCGGCUAAUGGACCAUGAAUUGGGUCUACAAACAACUGGUCUAGCCGGAACUAUAGGCUACAUUGCUCCUGAGUAUGUAAUAACAGGAAAGGCCAGCAAAGAGUCGGAUGUGUAUAGCUUCGGGGUUGUUGCAUUAGAGAUCGCUUCCGGCCGGAAGGCAAUCGACAAUAUCGACAGAAAUCCUGACGUUGGAUUGGUCCAGUGGGUUUGGGGUUUACUCGGAAAACAUGAGCUGCUUUCCGGUGUGGACCAGAUGCUGAGCAACAAAUUUGACGAGAAACAAGUCGAGUGUUUGAUGUUAGUUGGGUUAUGGUGUGCGCACCCUGACCGGAGACUGAGGCCGUCCAUCCGGCAAGCAAUUCAUAUGCUAAAGUUUGAGGGUCCAGUCCCAAAUCUUCCCAAGGUGAUGCCAGUGCCCAUGUACUUCUCAGCUCCAGAUGCCCAUGAAGUCAGUUCUGGUGGCGCUUCGAUGACCGCCUCUAGCAUUAAUCUGGCACGAUGA